CACACUUGAACACCGACAACUGCAGACCAGCGGUGAGGUGACUUCAUCGGGUAUUUCCCCAACAGGCCUGUCAUUUUUUUGAGGUGAAACUCUGGCGUGCAGGAGAGUUAUGAAGUGCGUCGGCCCGGCGGCCACUCCGUCCCACAAAAGUCGAGUAUGAAUUGUUCAGUUACUAUAUUAAUACUUGCAUGCAGCUUUCUCCUCGGCCAAGGACCUGCCAAGGCCGAGCAUGUUCUUGGAUGGAAGAGCCAGGUCGACUUUGAUCCCCUCCGUAAAGGAGAUAGUUGAUAGCGACAUAGAGUUCCAUGAUCCCGGGCCGUGGAGGAUCAAUGGAUCAUAUCUGAUGAAUGCAAGGCCAUAAAUUGCACACUCAACAAUGACUUCUGUGGACUAUUCGAUCCGCUUGAGUGGUAUGAAUAUGGUCCGACUGUGCAUCAAUUUGGCGGAAAGAUUUCGCACCUCGUCAUCACUUGAGGUAUCAGUAUGUUACUCUCCUGCUUGCCAACGCUAUUUCACAGCGUGACGUCAUCCACAAUCCCGCUCAACGAUGGCAACCAAGUCCCCUGGAUAGCAUUUGGCACUGGCACGGCGUUCUACCAGCAAGAUGUACAGAACACUGUUAAAUCCUCUCUUGCCAACGGUUUCACCCACUUUGACUGUGCCCAAAUGUACAAGAAUGAGGUGAGUCUAGGCGUUGCCAUCAGGGCCUCCGGGGUGCCGCGCCCUUCGCUCUUCGUCACGACGAAGCUCGGUCCAUUGCAGCAGCCCGGGCAGACAGCCAAGACCGCGCUGCAUGCGUCGCUAGAGAAACUGGGCUUGGAGUACGUGGAUCCAUACCUAGUACACGUGCCCGGCGACCAUGCAGGCCGGCUGAAGGAGGUAUGGAAGCUCGAAAUCCAUCCGUAUGUGUGUGGAAUAACUUGCAACCUGUGAUUGCAUGGCACAAAGAAUACGGUAUCAUUGCAUCAUCGUAUGGUGGGCUAUCGCCCCUUUUUUGCGCACCAGAGGGACCGUUGGAUCAUGAUCAGGGCACGUCUUGAGGCCACACGGGGAAAGCCGGUGGCAAGCAGUCAGGUUCUCAACAAGUGGU